AUGGUUGGUCUUUUCGCUGUAAAUCACAACGCCGGAGCUUUUUCCAGCGAAAUCCAUCUCUCUCUGAUUAUUUUAGUUUUCGACCUUAAGAAACCAGGCUACAAAUUAGUCUUAUUCAACUGGGCAACUGAACUAAGAGAGGCAAUAAAUCUCUGGAAAAUUGAAGCUUGCAGCUUUCACCUUCUUCUUUUCCACCACAAAACCAAAGAAAGAAGCUUCUCCAUUCCCAUGGCUGUUGCUACAUCUGAAAGGUGGAUCGAUGGUCUACAAUUCUCUUCACUGUUUUGGCCCCCACCACCAGAUCCAGAACAACGAAAGGCACAAAUCACAGCAUAUGUUGAUUAUUUGGGUCAAUUCACAUCAGAGCAAUUUCCUGAAGAUAUUGCUGAGUUGAUUCGCCAUCGAUAUCCAUCUACUGAAAAACGCCUCUUUGAUGAUGUGUUAGCAAUGUUUGUACUUCAUCACCCUGAGCAUGGACAUUCUGUUAUUCAUCCUAUAAUUUCAUGCAUCAUUGAUGGCACGAUUGAGUACGAUAGAAGCACUCCCCCAUUUGCUUCUUUCAUUUCAUUAAUCUGCCCAAGUGCUGAUAAUGAGUAUUCUGAACAAUGGGCAUUAGCAUGUGGAGAGAUUUUACGAAUAUUAACACAUUACAAUCGACCAAUUUUCAAAGUUGAACACCCACAUGGUGAAACAGAUAGAAGCAGCAGUGGUAGCCAAGCAUCAACAAGUAACCCUACAGAUCUUCAAUCUUCUUCUUCUUCACCAUCUGGACACCAUGAAAGGAAACCACUAAGGCCUCUGUCUCCUUGGAUCACUGAUUUAUUGCUUGCUGCACCUUUAGGUAUCAGAAGCGACUACUUUCGUUGGUGUGGGGGUGUUAUGGGAAAAUACGCUGCAGGGGAACUGAAGCCACCUUCUCUUGUAAUGUCUUCUUCACGUGGAUCUGGAAAGCAUCCACAGUUAAUGCCAUCUACACCAAGGUGGGCUGUUGCUAAUGGAGCAGGUGUAAUUUUAAGUGUAUGUGAUGAGGAAGUUGCUCGUUAUGAAACUGCUACUCUAACUGCAGCUGCUGUUCCUGCUUUAUUACUUCCUCCUCCAACAACAGCCAUGGAUGAGCAUCUUGUUGCAGGGCUUCCUGCUUUAGAGCCUUAUGCAAGACUCUUCCAUAGGUACUAUGCUAUUGCUAGUCCAAGUGCUACUCAAAGACUUCUUCUUGGAUUAUUAGAAGCACCACCUUCAUGGGCUCCAGAUGCUCUUGAUGCUGCUGUUCAACUAGUCGAGCUUCUUAGGGCAGCUGAAGAUUAUGCAUCCGGGAUGCGGCUUCCUAGAAACUGGAUGCAUUUGCACUUCUUGCGUGCAAUUGGGACUGCAAUGUCAAUGAGAGCAGGGAUUGCAGCUGACUCAGCAGCUGCUUUGCUUUUCCGGAUACUAUCUCAACCGGCUUUGCUUUUUCCUCCUCUUAGACAAGUUGAAGGUGGUGAAGUCCAACAUGAACAGAUUAGUGGUUACAUUUCUAGCCAUAAAAAACAGAGACAAAUGCCAGUGGCUGAAGCAACAAUUGAAGCCACAGCCCAAGGGAUAGCUUCAAUGCUAUGUGCACAUGGACCCGAAGUUGAAUGGAGAAUAUGCACAAUAUGGGAAGCUGCAUACGGAUUAAUUCCUUUAAGUUCUUCAAUAAUCGAUCUUCCGGAAAUAAUCGUUGCAACACCUCUACAACCACCUAUCUUAUCAUGGAACCUCUACAUUCCUCUCCUCAAAGUUCUAGAAUAUCUCCCUCGUGGAAGCCCAUCAGAAGCAUGUCUCAUGAAAAUAUUCGUUGCAACAGUCGAAGCAAUUCUCCAAAGAACAUUUCCCGCUGAGUCACCAUCCCAUCAAACAAGAAAAACACGAUUCAUUUUCGGCUCUGCCUCCAAAAAUCUAGCUGUCGCCGAGCUUCGCACGAUGGUCCACUCUCUGUUUCUAGAAUCAUGCGCCACUGUCGAGUUAUCUUCUCGAUUACUUUUCGUUGUAUUAACCGUCUGUGUCAGUCACGAAGCGCAACUUCAUGUCGGAAAGAAGCAUUCCGAUUCCGGCCCGGAACCGGAAUCGGAAUCGGAAUCAUCGUCUCGGAAAAGAACAAACAAACAAGGACCCGUCGCGGCGUUCGAUUCCUAUGUUCUCGCUGCGGUUUGUGCGCUCGCGUGCGAGCUUCAGCUUUUUCCGUUGAUUUCACGAGCAAGUAACCGUUCGAAUCUUAAAGAUGGUGAAAAAUCGAGUCACGAAGUUAAAUCCAUGAACGGGAAUGGAAUCGGAAAUGGAUUCCAGAGUAGUAUUGAUUCUGCGGUGAGUCAUACGCGACGUAUACUUGCGAUUCUGGAGGCGCUUUUUUCUUUAAAACCGUCUUCUGUCGGGACUUCUUGGAGUUACAGUUCAAAUGAGAUAGUAGCUGCUGCUAUGGUGGCAGCUCAUAUAUCCGAGCUUUUCAGAAGGUCUAAAGCUUGCACACAUGCUCUCUCGGUUUUAAUCCGGUGCAAAUGGGAUAAACAAAUUCAUUCUACAGCAUCUUCGCUUUAUAAUCUAAUUGAUAUUCAUAGUAAAGCGGUUGCAUCGAUAGUGAACAAAGCAGAACCACUGGAUAUUGUACAUGUAGCUAUAAAGGAUCCUCCUCCUGUAUCAUCAUCAUCAUCAUCAUGCUUUAAUGAGUUAGCCAACUUUCUCACAAUGGAUAGACACAUUGGGUUUAAUUGUAGUGCGCGUGUUCUUUUGAGAUCGGUUUUAACAGAAAAACAAGAAUUAUGUUUUUCUGUUGUUUCGUUGUUGUGGCAUAAGAUGAUUGCGUCACCUGAAACACAACUUAAUGCAGUAAGCACAUCCGCUCAGCAAGGAUGGAGACAGGUGGUUGAUGCACUGUGUAAUGUGGUGGCAGCAUCGCCAACAACCGCUGCAACUGCCGUUGUUCUUCAGGCGGAGAGGGAAUUGCAGCCAUGGAUCGCGAAGGACGAUGAUGUCGGUCAAAAAAUGUGGAGAAUCAAUCAACGGAUUGUGAAGCUGAUUGUGGAGUUAAUGAGAAAUCAUGAAAAUCUCGAGUCAUUAGUGAUUCUCGCCACUGCCUUAGACUUCCUCCUACGUGCCACUGAUGGCAUGCUUGUUGAUGGCGAAGCAUGCACUUUACCACAACUUGAGCUUCUGGAAGCAACAGCUAGAGCAGUUCAGCCGGUGUUAGAGUGUGGAGAAUCUGGAUUGGCAGUUGCAGAUGGCCUCUCGAAUCUUCUCAAGUGUCGAGUGCCAGCUACUGUAAGGUGUUUAUCUCAUGCGAGUGCUCAUGUACGCACCCUGAGUGUAUCAGUUCUUAGAGCCAUUUUGAAUGUUGGUUGUAUAAAAUUGAAACAAAGUGGUGAACAAGUUAAUAUAGGUAGUAGCAGACAUAUUGCGUACAUGAGUGGUGAUGUCAUCGAUUGGGAAGCUGACCUGGCAAAGUGUUUGACGUGGGAAGCUCAUAGUCGGAUGGCGACUGGGAUGCCAAUUGAAUAUCUUGAGACUGCUUCUAAGGAAUUGGGAUGCCCGAUUUUUGUCUAAGGAUUGUUGAUGGUUGUAUAGUACCAUGACAUGAUAUAUGCCCAAACUUUAUUUAUUUUCAUAGACUUGAAAGGUGAUUGUUUAUUUAUAAAUAGAGACCAACCUCGCCUUUGGUUGUUGAGGUAUUUUGAUUUGUAAUCUAUUUUUACUUUUGACAAAUUGAUCUUGGACU